AAAUAUACAUCUCACGCACACGCACAUUAUUUUUCAUUAGUUUUGCCAUUAUUUUCCAUAUUCAGCGUAACAUACAACACUCAUCGCUGCUUGAAUUUUUUUUUUAGAACCACACCACCAUCUAGCGGUCAGAAAUGAGAACUGCACCCAAUACGUACAAUCCAUUCCAUGGAUCCGGUUCCGUACCAUCGAUAUAUCCCGUUCCUCCACGCGGCCCUGUACCGGGUUUUACGGACCAUGUGUGGGCGUGACCGACCGGCUCGCUUUCACAACAGCCUCCAAGCAACCACCCAAACCAAAAAGUCAGUCAAGUCACCGAGUGCAAGUCAUCCUGACUUCACCGUUUGUACAGCAGUCGGGGGGGGGGGGCGGGGCUGCGCUGUGCUAUUGUUUGCGCGCGAGCUCACCGUUCCAGUCGCCGCGGGGUUUUUGGUCGGAGUGAACGCGCGCGGACACCGGUUAGCAACUCGUUAGCUCUGCCGCCGACAACCACAUGGAUCCUCAAAACACCAACACGUCCAGCGAGGCGAAGAUGUUGCUGAGCCACGCCAAGACCCUGCGGCUGCACACCGGGAACCUGGUCAACCGAAGUCACAUGAAAAAUAAAUGCCCGUGCUCCCCCAGCGAGGAGCUUCAAGACUGCAUUCAAGCCACCCUUAGUGAUUGGUUUUCCACAACAAAGACGCCAUCAAAGGAUUUCCCAGACACACUGGACUGCUCCAUUCCCCAGGAAACGGAUGCUAUUACGCCCGAAGAGAGGGAUGAACUGAGGGUUUCAGUCAAGCUGUUCCUGUGUGAGUCACUUGAAUCCUCCAUCAGAGAUGCAGUGGAGAUGGUCUGCCAGACGCUGGCAGUGUCCCAGCUCGACUCUGUUAUCAUAGCGCCACCGUGGCCCUUGGAAAGUGACAGCCAAAGUUUGGCCCACCUUCAGCCAGCUUGGGAGGUGCUGGAGGCUCUGGUCAGGAGCCAGAAGAUUGCUGCGAUUGGCACCUCUGACCUGGACAAAGACUUGCUGGAACAGCUCUACAACUGGGCUCAGGUCAAGCCCAGCAGUAACCAGUUCAACUUGGCCUCCUGCUGUGUGAUGCCUCCUGAGCUCACAGCCUUCGCUAAAGAGUUUGACAUCCAGCUGCUCACACACAACGAUCCUAAAGAGCUGAUGUCAGCAGCCACAUUCCAGGAGGCGGUGCAGGAGGGAACGCAGGACCUGAACACUGCUGAUUGGAGGCCGGAGUGGGUCCUUCGCUACUCCAUUAUUGUUAAGUGCAGGGGCAUUAUCAAGGCUAAGGGCUACCUUGUCAGUGCGAGGAAGGCGAGCCCCUAGCACCCCCCCCCCCCCGAAUGCAAGAUGCAUGGAUGAGCCAUUUUCCUCACUUUUCAUUGACAUACACACAAAACAUGCAGCGUAAUAACUGAAUAAUGGAUGCUGCCAUUCACCAUCAGUCUUGAAGUCAUUGUUCUAUCUUACUUAUAUAGUUGCAUCGUGAUCAUGUUCCAUUUCUUCAUUUUAAUUGAUGCAGGUAUUCAUAACCCCUCGUCUCAAUGGGAUCAAAAAUAGAAGGCGAACAUGCAAUAUCAACUCGAGUGUCAUUUUUGAGAGAAUAGACUGUGAAAGUGAGAGUUUCACAGAUAAAUAGCCAUUAAUUAGCACCUUUAAUGAUGCACAAUGGCCGUUGCUAAACUUUGAUCCACGGUGAUGGUUCCUUAAACUUGUUCUGACAUGAAGUGCCUCAUCCUGUUCUCCUCCUGUCCUCAUACCUGUCUCCACUGUCUGUGUGAAAAUACAGCUUUAAAUAUAUUAGUUAGUCAAAGGAAGAGAUUUUUUUUUUUUUUUACAGAAUGAUCCCGCACAUUUUGAAGUGGUUAUGGAAAAAUACCAGAAAAAAAGUUUAUCGUUGCAAUCAUAUUUUUCUAGCUGUAUUUGCGUUUGUCAAUUGAGAAAAAAAAGAAGUGAAAAUCCAAAUCAUACGACAUAUAAUAUGUUUAUUUUAUGAUGCUGAUCGACUAAUUGGUGAAGAAGACGAGUAUAUGCAACUAUUUUAUCAAACUUUCUCUUUCUAAUUAUGUUUACCCACUGUAGUGCUCAUGAGAUUCAUUUGAGGAUUGAAAGUACAGAAAUAUUUAGAUAUUGACAUACAUAGCAGGCAUUUGUCCUCUAUAUGCAUUGUUGUUCGCACUGGAAACUCCAUGCCAAGGAGAUGUUAAAAUAUGUUAACUGAAGACGUUUUUAUAUAAGAAUCAUGGUUGUUUUUUCAGACUGGAUCGAGUUAAUCUCUUGACAACAAAUGAUCUGUUGUACUGUAAACAUAUUUAAUGUUGUCAUAUCUGUAUAUCAUGAAUUGGCUUUAUUAACAUGAUGAAUGUUAUGUUUUACCGUGAACACUGAUGGCAAAUAUUUAAAAGAUGGAAUUUA